CGAGGCCUGCGGGGCGGGACCGGAAGUGAGAUCACCCCUCCCCGGGGUGAAAGGUUAACGGAAGUGUCCGUUCUUCCUUUCUGCUCUAGGCCCUGCUGGUUGUCGUCGAAAUGGGCAAGUUCAUGAAACCCGGGAAGGUGGUGCUGGUCCUGGCUGGACGCUACUCUGGACGGAAAGCCGUCAUCGUGAAGAACAUUGAUGAUGGCACUUCAGACCGUCCCUACAGCCAUGCUCUGGUGGCUGGAAUUGACCGCUAUCCCCGCAAAGUGACAGCUGCCAUGGGCAAGAAGAAGAUCGCCAAGCGAUCAAAGAUCAAGUCUUUUGUAAAAGUUUAUAACUACAAUCACCUCAUGCCCACAAGGUACUCUGUGGAUAUACCCUUGGACAAAACUGUUGUCAACAAGGAUGUCUUCAGAGACCCUGCUCUUAAACGCAAGGCCCGACGGGAGGCCAAGGUCAAGUUUGAAGAGAGGUACAAGACGGGCAAGAAUAAGUGGUUCUUCCAGAAGCUGCGGUUUUAAGUGUUUUUGUUGCGGUCAUUAAAAAUAUUUUUAAAAAAAAAAGAAACCCUUGUGUCUGCCUGCUGCAUGUAUUUUCAGACUGGGAAAGGGAGAACAUUCGAAGCAUUCAAAGGAUAAGAGAUUACUACGUAGUGGACAAGAGGCUGUGGAGAAACUGGAAAGUUAAAUCCAGUUGGGCACAGGGGCUUGUGCCUGUGAUCCCAGUUGCUAGGGAGACCAAGGCCACCGUGGACAACAUAGCAAGACCCCAUCUCUAAAAAGAAAAAAUUAAAUCUGCCUUUGUGAGAAUUGCA